UAAUAGAACAGGCCGUCGUCUUAUGCUGCGUCCUUAUAUACACUUCAUCAUGAACCCCGAUGAACCACUUUCUUUGAACAUAAACUAGUUAACUAGCGAGGAAGUGGUCAAGCCUUUGCUAGCUCCACGCUGCGAGAGAGAAGAGAAUGAUGAAGCCCUCCGUAGCCAUAGUUCUCCUGCUCGUCGUUGCAGAGUAUGCUUCCCUGGCUACAGCGGCCGGUCCUAAGGUCAUCAUAGUCGGUGCCGGCAUGUCUGGGAUCUCGGCUGGUAAGAGGCUGUCGGAUGCCAGGAUCAGCGACUUCAUGAUCCUGGAGGCCACGGACCGCAUCGGUGGGCGCAUCCACAAGACCAAGUUUGCCGGAGUGAACGUGGAGAUGGGGGCGAACUGGGUAGAGGGAGUGAACGGCAAGGAGAAGAACCCCAUCUGGACCAUGGCCAACAGCACUGGCGGACUCAACCUUAGGACUUUCCGCUCCGACUUCGACCACCUCGCCAGCAACACCUACAAGCAAGACGGCGGUCUUUACGAUGAUAAAUUUGUUGAGAAGAUAAUCGAGAGGAUGGAUGAGGUGGAGGAGAGCGGGACUAAGCUCGCCGGCACCUUGCACCUCAGCGGCCAGGAGGAUAUGUCCGUCAUGGCCAUGCAACGCCUCAACGACCACAUGCCGACGGGCCCCGCUCGGCCGGUGGACAUGGUGAUCGACUAUUACCAGCACGACUUCGAGUUUGCGGAGCCGCCGCGCGUGACGAGCCUGCAGAACACGGUGCCGCUUCCCACGUUCGACAACUUCGGAGACGACGUCUACUUCGUUGCCGACCAGCGGGGCUUCGAGUCCGUGGUGUACCAUGUCGCCGGCCAGUACCUCAAGACCGACAAAGCCACGGGCGCCAUCGUUGACCCGAGGCUGAAGCUCAACACGGUGGUGCGGGAGAUCACACACUUUCCCAGCGGCGUCACGGUGAAGACGGAGGACAAUAAUGUGUACAAAGCCGACUACGUCAUGGUCUCCGCCAGCCUGGGCGUGCUGCAGAGCGAGCUCAUCCGGUUCAGGCCGCAGCUGCCCUCGUGGAAGAUCUUGUCCAUCUACCAGUUCGACAUGGCGGUAUACACCAAGAUCUUCCUCAAGUUUCCCCGGAGCUUCUGGCCGGUAGGGCCCGGCAGGGAGUUCUUCCUAUACGCCAGCGGGAGGAGGGGGUACUACCCGGUGUGGCAGCAGUUCGAGAAGCAGUACCCGGGCUCCAACGUGCUGCUGGUCACGGUCACAGACGAUGAGUCGAGGAGGAUCGAGCAGCAGCCCGACAACCAGACCAUGGCAGAGGCGGUGGCCGUGCUCAGGAAGAUGUUCCCCGGGGCGGACGUGCCAGACGCCACGAAGAUCCUCGUGCCCAGGUGGUGGUCCAACAAAUUCUACAAGGGAUCCUUCUCCAACUGGCCCAUCGGCGUCAACCGCUAUGAAUACGACCUCAUUCGGGCUCCGGUUGGGAGGGUUUACUUCACCGGUGAGCACACCAGCGAAAACUACAACGGCUAUGUCCAUGGAGCGUAUCUUGCUGGUAUCGACUCUGCUGAUGUCUUGAUCAACUGCGCCAAGAAAAAGUUGUGCAAGUACCAUGUGCGCGGAAAGCAUGAAUAAUCAAAAUUUGCAGGUUACUUAAGCACUGAAUGAAAGAAAGCAGAAGUUCAGCUAGUGAGUCACUGAGGAUUCGAUAUGUUCAUCAGAAAUGUUUAUUGUUCAAAUAACUAGCACAAUGGCCCGCACACAUGUGCGGGCAACAUCUUAGUGAAUUCCAUAAUAAAUAUCUGUAUUUGACACUUGAUUUGCUGAAAUUAUUUGCACAUGUUUUAGCAUUUUGCUUGCUUGAGCAAUAUAUUUUCCUACCUUCUAUUUGUAA